AUGGCUACAACCAGUCAGUUUGACCUCUCGACUGUCUCAGGCAAAGGAUGGGACACAACGGAUACUACGGAUGCUAUGUCUGUCUUCAAGCUGAUAGACACAAUCUUCACUGACUACGUGUCCGUUAUCAUCAGUCUUGUAGGUAUACCGAGCAAUAUCGUCAGCUGUGUGGUAUUCUGGCGACAGGGACUGCGAGACCGCGUCAACCUGUGUUUAUUCACGCUGUCCAUCGUGGAUUUCUCUGUUUUCCUCUGCAUUUUCAUCACUCCUACUGCGCACGUUCUCAUCAGCUCGUUCGACCAGCUGUUAGGCGAAGAGUUUCUGAUGACGUCGAUGGCGUACACUCUCGGCGUGACGUACGGGCUGAGAGCGAUGUCUGACGUCAUCAGCAUGAUCCUCGCUGUGGACCGUUGCCUGUGCGUCCUUCUACCUCUUCACGUCACUCACCUCAUUCGCACGCGCACCAUGGCGGCCAUCAUGGCGACAUCUUUCGUUUUGUUACAGCUGUGUUACAGUAGUCUGACGCUGAAAGUUACAGUUACAAAAAUUUACGUUAACUCUACUGAGAGUUUUGAGUGGAAGCUUGUACAAACUGAUAUCGGCUUAAAAUAUGCAAACAUCUUAGACACCAUGUUCAACACUGUGUUAAGUAUCUCUCUCCCGAUAAUUAACUUCGUCGUAGUGUCAACAGCGACGGCCAUUACUGUGGUAAAACUGAGAUCAGCAACAAGAAGGCGAGAGAAAAUGAGUUCUACAAGCAGCGGGUCCCGAGACCGUCAGGCAGGUGCCACCAAGAUGCUUGUCCUCGUCUCCAGUCUCUACAUCGUCAGCAUGGCGCCCUACGUCGCUGCAAUCAUCACUCGACUCGCUGUCCACGAGUUUUCGCCCUAUAAUCGGUCCUAUGCUCUGUACAGCGCUGUGAUUGCCAUCGCAGACCAAGUCUCAGUUACCAACGAUGCCAUCAAUGUUUUCGUGUAUUUUGCAUAUUCGUCUCGCUUUCGCCAGGAACUUCUAACAGUUCUGAGGUGUAAACAAAGAAAACACUCUACACCUUCCACAGUGAUCGAAGACUAAAGAAUUGUCAUUAUGAAGACCAUUUAAGGUAC